UCCUCUCUCUCCUCUCUCUCCUCCCUCUCCUUCGGCGGCCUCCGUCUCGUUCGCCUCGCUCACCCCAACCACCCCCCGCUCCCCGCGCCGCCGUCGACUCGCUUCUCCUCACCGCCUCUCCUCACCCGCCUCGCAUCGCGCUGGCUUCUUCACCCCGCCAACCGCUAGCCGUUUACAGUGGUUGAGUCCCGCACGGAGCAGGCAUGUUUGGCGCUCCAAAGAAGCGGUUCGGGGAGGAGGGAGAGGCCGAGUUUGAUGGAAACAUGUACUUCAACCAGUCGAGUGUCUUCUCACAUAGGCCCGACAAAGACAUGCUGGGCUCUCCGUCACCAUCGGGUCAGCUGUCUCAGUUUGGCGCAAGCCUCUACGGACCACAAAACCCCCUGGGUCUUCAGAUGCGUGGAAUGGGGGGCACAGCCCCGCAGCUCAACCGGAGUUUAUCGCAGGGUGCCCCCUUGCCAGGACACGUGACCCCUACGAGUGUUGGGCCCCCUAUGCCGCCUCCACACGCGCCGUCAUCACCAAGCCGGGGUAUCCUGGCGCUGAACCCACGGAUGAACCACGUGCAGCCCAUCGGCCUGUCAAACCGUGCCAAUGCAGUGGGCUCCUCUGGCAUGGGCAGCCCCAACCGCAGUUCACCAAACCUGCUGUCCAUGCAGAAGCAGCAGCAGCAGCAGCAGCCGCCACCGCCGCCGCCACCGCAGCAGCAGCAGCAGCAGCCACCCCGCAGCACCUACGGCUUAGGAGGGAUGUCAGGAUUUGGCCUUGGCAGGAGCCAGGGUUACAGUCUGAGCAACGCGAUCACCAACAACAGCUAUAACAGCACGGGAGGCAGCGAUACGGUGGCCGGGUUGGAUCUGUCUGACUUUCCGGCGCUCGCGGAACGGAACAGGAGAGAAAGCAACGGCAACCCAGCACCCCUCCCCAACCCCAUGGCUGGCAGGACGCCAUAUGUGGGCAUGGUGACAAAGCCCGCGAGCGAGCAGCCCCAGGACUUCUCAAUCCACAACGAGGACUUCCCGGCACUGCCUGGCGUCAACCUCAACAAGGAGCCCACGGCCGCACCCGACGACAAUAAGACGCUGACCAAUCAGAGCGGGCAGACCACGGGGUCGGUGACAGAGGGACCCAAGUUCCCUGGAGACAAGGGCAGCAACACCAAUGCGAACCAGCAAAAGAAGGGCAUCCAGAUCCUUCAAGACGGCCGCGUGACGAACAUCCCGAGCGGGAUGGUGACGGAUCAGUUCGGCAUGAUCGGCCUCCUCACGUUCAUCCGGGCGGCCGAGACGGAACCGUCGCUUGUGCAUCUGGCCCUCGGCAGUGACCUCACCACACUCGGCCUCAAUCUCAACUCCCCCGAGAACCUCUACCCCAAGUUCGCGUCGCCUUGGGCAGAAGCGCCGUGCAGACCUCAGGAUAUCGAUUUUCACGUUCCUUCAGAAUACCUGACAAACAUUCACAUCAGGGAUAAGCUUGCUCCCAUCAAGCUGAGUCGGUACGGGGAGGAUCUGCUCUUCUACAUGUACUACACCAACGGGGGCGACAUCCUGCAACUUGCCGCGGCGGUAGAACUGUACAACCGCGACUGGCGGUACCACAAGGACGAGCGGGUGUGGAUCACGCGGGCGCCCGGCAUGGAGCCUCAGAUGAAGACGAACACGUACGAACGCGGCACCUACCUCUUCUUCGACUGCCACAACUGGAGGAAGGUCGCUAAGGAGUUCCACCUGGAGUACGACAAGCUGGAGGAAAGGCCACACCUCCCCACGUCGCUCAACUACAACCCGGCCCAGCAGGCUUUCUAAACCCAGAAGCAUCCGCUGGGGCCCCGGCCACACCACACUGCGACUCGCACCGGCCCAAAACUUUUGGUGACGGCAGCGGAAAUCCCUUUAACAAAAAAAAAAACACACAAACAAACAAAAAAAUUGACGUCCCUGUUUCCCCCCUGCCCCCGCCCCCCCCCCUCCCUCCCCCUCAUCUCGCGUCGCUGCCCGUAACAACGCGAGCUGUGAUGGAAACUGCGCACAUUCCCCCGAGAUUCAGGGCAGCCGAGGAACUCUAUUUUUUCAGACUCCAAAAAAAAACCACAAGAGCGAUCGUAGACGUAGGCGGUUUUCAGAUUCAGAGAUUUCAAAGGCCCCACCCACCUCUUCCGCUCUGCCACACUGCGCAAGUCCAUGCCUAAUUUCUCAUGGGUGCACCUCCUCUGACUUUACCCUCCUCCACCCCCCAACAACUCUCAUCAUAACCCUCUGCCUCCCCCCCCCCCCCCAACUCUGGUCCCCCCUGAGCACACACGAUGGCGGUUUCAUCAUUACAAUUUGGAGCAUCAAGCGGGUGAGAAAAUAACGGAACGGCGGGAAAAGGGAUUAUCUGGAAAACGUGUAAUGCAUUCAGGCACUGCUGGCGAUGACAAUGGUGGCAGUGGCGGUGGCUCUUUAAGGACAAACAGCUGACGAGCUUCGUCUCCCGCGUGUCUGCAUUGUGUUAUUUGUAGCAAGACCAUUGGGGUUUUUGCCUGAGAUUGUGAGGUUGAGGUGUGGAGGGUUUUGGUUGGGGCCGAGAUCUGUUUAGGAGGGUCGGUGAGUCUUUGAGUGCGAGUGAGUGAGUGAAUGGAUUGUAACGCUUUUGACUAAAUAACUUAUGUUCCCGGCAAAUGCACACGAAUGCAUGACAAAGACACACCGGCUUGCACAUACAGGUCAACGGAGCAACGUGCACAUGGACACUUGGACAAAGAUGGACACACAGGCGUACACAAAUGCAUGGACAUUUGGACACAGGCUUAUCUGGGCACAAGCUCACAGAUACAAAGUAUAGGCACACAGAUGCACACAGGAAUGCACAGCAACAAACUUAACGCACAAGCAAGCACACAGGCUCCUAUUCAACAGACAAACACACAGACUGCCAUGCCUAUGCACAAACACUGGCACUUGGAUGCACACGGACACACAUGGAAACGGGUAGACACACGGACGCAUAAAUACAGUACUGCAAAUGCAAACAUUGAGACAGAAAAUGCAAGGGCCUCUCUUUCCAACUCGUUCACCACACAGCUUCAUUCAAGAAUCAGUCUUCAGUCAAAUCUCAGGACAGGCUCCCUUACACACUUGGGCGUCAUUAGUGACUGCCUCCGCGUUCACGAGAUGUCGUCCACGGUCUUUCAUCAGUUGGGUUUUCAUCCAUCGCUACACCCCAUUGCUUAGGAUCUUCAAAAUAAUGUUUCAUCGGAAGUGGCCGAGCUAGAGCUUACAGCAAUCUGAUGGUGCCCGUUGCUGCUGCUAGAGCGAGUUUUACGGGUCUCUCUGCCGUGCUGUGGUUUGUGUUAGCGCCACUGAAACGUUAAUUCCGUGUACAUUCCUAAUUGCUAGAGUGUGGGUGGCCCUCAGUCGGAGAGGGGAAGAAGUUGGUGGGUUUAAGCACGUGAGAUAGUACAGUGUUGCACCAGCAUGGGAGUGGUUGGUGGUGUGGCCGUGGAUAUGUUUGCACACCCAGCGCGAUGGAUGGGAUGGUCGUGAUUGUAAAGCCCGUAUUUUUUUAGUCACGGCUCGGCUCAUGCUUAGUUCCCUGCUCAUUGUGAGCCAGCUAAAAGCCAUGCUCCACUUGAGCCAGCCCUGAGCAUCAUCCCAAUCAUGCUCAGGAUUUCCAUGAGCUGAGACCCGAGCUAAGCCAUGAGCCGAGCUGCCCAUGCGACAUUGAAAGCAGCUGAGCAGCUCAAGCGUGAGUCGAGUCGCUGCCAGACCAGAGCCAAGCCAUGACUUGGAUUACGUACCCUAGCAUUCAGAGGUCAACUUGGGGUUGCGAUGGCUUGGACGCGUGUGCGACACUCGGUGGCAACCCCCAGCACUUUGCGUGGCUCGGCAGCACACUUGCGCCCUUCAUCUACACCCGCGCACACACACAAUCCAGGAACAUAUUUUUUGUUAUUGAUUUCAUUGGAGUUAUUUUUUGUUUUGUGUUAUCCCUGGACGUGUUAAGUUAUGCAUUGCACCUGUUACAAUGGGAACCCCCCCCGCCGCAUUCAGAGCAUCUGGGUUCGUGAGUAAUCCAAGGCGUGACUUUGUACCUGCCGUGUAAAUCCAGGUGUUGGGGAGCACAGGCAUGGUCGGUAGGCGGGGUGGAUAUUUGCAGCUAGCUCCUCGAAGACUCGAUGUGAGCGUGCGUGUGUAUGUGUGUGCAUGCGUGGGGGAGUAGUGGCACAGUGGUCGGUGCGCUACGAACCCGGGCGACCCGAUUUCGAUUUGUGCUCAUGGCCAAUAUCAGUGGUGAAAUUAGAACAAUUCCUAGGCCACUCUAGGUUGACUCGGCCUUAAAUGAGUAGCUGGUACAGUGUGUAAACAGCACUGGGAAUACAAAGGCGGCCGGGUGUGGUACUGGCCACACCACCCCCUCAUGUGCCGUGCGGGCCUUAAUAGGUGCUCGCUAACAAUUUGCCCAUCAGCCUGUGUUGGCUACACGGGAGAUCUUUGUCUUGUAGAUGUGCUUAUGGGAUGGGUGUCGCAGAGUUUGAAAGACUGACCAAAUAAUCCAGCAAACCCCCAGGAUCUUUACCUGGCCCACUCCUCAUCACGACUCAUGGCAGCUGACAUCUGGAAUCUAAUUUAAUCCUCUCCCCUAGGUCUACUCGGCCAAGAAUGAGUUCCUGUUGCGUUGGUAUGGUCGUCAACAGCAGCAGUGGGUAGACAUGCAGCUGGGUGUGUGUGGAGCUGGCCCUACUCCCACCUUGUGUGCUGCUUGGGCCUUACCAGGUGCUCGCUCGCAAAACUCGCCCCGCCGCUCUCCCGUUUGCUCCAAGCAAACCAAAACGCAUUUCACAAGCGAAUGUUGCGAUGUGAACAAACUGCGGGAGUGUGUGCUGCCUUUGCGGACCAUAGACGCUUGAAAGUGAAUCGUCAUGAUCACGGCAAUCAUGAUUGUCAUCAAGAACGGCAUCAGCAGCAAUUAAUUUCUCCUUGUGUAACUCACGCUUCCCGUAUUUACAAUUUCUCCCGGGGGGGCUCUGUCCAGUUGGAUAUGGGAUAUUUUUUUGUCAACCGGACGAGGACCCUCCCACCAUUCGUGCCAAUGCCACAUCGUUUCAUUUGCAGAUACAUUCAUGGCAGUGGUACGUUUGAAAAGCAUUCCCCACUCGCCAGCCCAACAUAUCCUUUAUUUAGUUCAUGAGAGAAAUUUCAUACUGGUCGCAUAACUGUUUUGAAACAAAGGAACUUUAUAUAUAUAUGUUUUGUGUCUGAAAACCCGCAGUGCAAUAGAAUUGCAUCUUUAUUGGUUCUAUAGCUGUCAUGGAAAAGUCUCACUUGGUGACAGAGAGACGUGCAUUGUGUUAGCCUCGAAGACCAAACACGAGAAACUAAAAGUUGACAGAGACGUAAUUUAGCGAACCGCCCCACACAUUUGCCUGAAACGAUAUGGGCCACUUAAUUUCGAUGAUUUUGCUGAAGCGCAAAGCGAAGGAACUGCGUGGUGAGCGAUUUCCUGGGAUGACCUCACCCGUUGAGAUGUUGGCUGUGUGGCGUGGUGGAUAGGUGUGCAAAGGCGUUGGCAUCUUUGAGAAACAAAGCAGUAACGACGACCCCCCUGAUCCAUAUUUGUUUUUUUUUUGGGGGGGUGGGAGGUUAGGCUACGUAAUCGUUUAAUGCCAGAAGUAUGUGGUACCUUUGUGGACCAAGUACUUUAACAACGUAAGUUUGGCAUUGAUGAUGUAGCCUAACCCCUUAAAACAAAUGCGAUCACAUGUAUUUAGUUAACAAAGCUCUCAAUCUAAUCGAGGUAAAAACACAACUGUCUCGCAAUCCGAGCUGGACACAUGUUCAAACUGCCUCUCAAGGUCACUCGGUCUUAAGGGGGUGGCUGAGUCCCAUAUUACUGGCACACGCCGCUCAACCCCAGUAUUUCGCAUCAUUUCUCGCCCAAUCAUCACUCCAAUUGCCAUCAUGCGCAGCCCUCUCAGUCCUGACUCUGCCCCACAACCCCUCUGUGCUCGUUCAUACUGUACAGCAUUUUAUUGACCUGUGCCUGUAAAAAAAACACACAUACGCACAUACACGCGCACGUGUGCAUACCAUUCGGACCAUAUCGCAGCGAAAUUGGCAGCGACUAUUUACGAGUGAGCGGUGAUCGUGAACUGCAUGAGCGUAGUUUCGUUAGUUCCGCCAGCCCAGCUGGUUGUGAAGGCCCUUCUCAACAGCUCUCCAAUUCCAGGUUGUGUACCCCGUGAUCAGCUAGAUGUCUGCCGUUACGUUUCGCAUGCUCGGCGCUUCUUGGGAACUAAAUUCGGUUAUAACUGAAUUUAGUUCAGUUUAGCUCCUCAAGCAAAAGUAAGUUCCUGAAGAAGCUCCCCGGCAUGUGGAGGAGUUCCAACUGAAUUGAGUUCCUGAAGAAACCCCCAACGCAUGGAGCAAAACGUUGGACAUCGCUCUGAGCAAAAUGCGAUAUCACCUGGAAACACACAAUGUAUCGAAGAGCUGUCCAGCACAACCGUAAAAUCCUACGCAGUAGAACCCUCCUUCAACCCUUUGCUACGUCCAUUGUGUUUUUAAUGUGCAUGUGCAUCCCGUGUGGCCCCUCCGCAGCCCUGGACCUCCCAUCGCUGCUACAUUUCCGCUCAUCCCAUCUCACCGGCAAAUAAAACUCUAAUGAAGCUACGCUUGCGAAAAUCACGGUCACCCAUGUGCCCCCCCCCUCCCUCCCCGUACACGUGUGUGGCGUCGGUGAAAUGUUUUACAAGCGACGCUGACACUCGAUUCAUUUCACCUGCGCGCAUUUUUUUAUUGUUAUUACGAAUACCAGCAAUAAAAAAAGUGAACGGAAAAUAAAAACUUUUUUUAAAACACCAAAA